UUAUGGUAAAUGAUGUUCUAGUUCACACCCUCAUGACAUCACAUCAGUUACCAGACCCUUUUGGCGGCUGCAACCUGUACAUAAGUGUAAGGAUAUGUGAAUAUGUAAAAAACAAGUUCCCUGAUGGCAUUUAAAAUACAGCAAUAUGUCGACUGUGAUGGCAACUGAGACUGAAAAGACCUUUGCUCUCCUCCAGACAUUUAGCACUCUGUCUGUCAUUUCUAGCCUUGGUUUAGGUUUAUUCUGCUUUGUAGCAGAUAGACUUUUGCAGUUUUCUUUCAUUCAGCAAAAUGACUGGCUUAGAGCCCUCUCUGAUAAUGCAGUGCAUAGUAUAAUUGGAAUGUGGUCAUGGGCAAUAGUAGUUGGACUCAAGAAAAAGAGUGAUUUUGGAGAAGUAAUUUUGGCUGGAUUUUUAGCCUCAAUUAUUGAUGUGGACCACUUUUUUCUAGCUGGAUCUCUAUCUUUAAAGGCUGCUUUGAACCUUCCACACAGGCCCUUUCUCCAUUGUUCUACUCUCAUACCUAUCGUGGUUCUGACACUAAAGUUGAUAAUGCACCUUUUCCGGCUGAAAGACUCGUGGUGCUUUCUUCCCUGGCUGUUAUUUAUAUCUUGGACUUCUCACCAUGUUCGGGAUGGAAUUCGUCAUGGCUUAUGGAUUUGCCCUUUUGGAAAAACUGCUCCCCUGCCCUAUUGGCUCUAUGUGACAAUCACAGCAUCUUUACCUCACUUAAGUUCAUUCAUUAUGUAUUUAACAGGGACCAGAGAGAUGAUGUCUAUAAAACAUGGAAUUCAUAUCGAUGUCUAAGGGAACUAGAUGAUAACUUUUGGAGAACACUGUUUAAAAGUAAUCAAUGAAUGUACUCAUCAUUGAAGUGAAUUUUUA